UCUUAGUUUCUUAUCGUUAUCAGUUAUCACUCGAUCCAGCAACAAAUUCGGUCACUAAAUUUUUAAUAGUUCACUUUCACUAUCACUACGCCACACUUUGGUAGUAAAGUACACUACGCUUUAAACURUUUUUAGUGUUCUACUACUUAGUACUUUAGUAGUUAAUAGUACUGUACCGAAUUUCCGACAUGUGACUUAUUGAUUAUUUAAUAGAAAAUAGAAAUACAUAUCAAUACAAUAAUAUUAGCACGGUCAACUGUAAGUUGUUCUUCUGACAAAAAGCAUGGACGCUGUCGACGCACUGCUGGGACAGAGUGUCUUGAAACCUGGUUUCCAAAAAAAUUACAAAGUACCAGUGAACGAAAAGAGCAAAAAGGUCAUCAAAAGAAAUAAAAAGAAAGAAGAAGCAAAGACUAAAGGCAAAGAUUGGUUUAAUUUACCAGCAACUAAAUUGACUGACAGUGUUCGACAUGAUCUUGACUUAAUUCGUAUGAGAUCAGCAUUAGAUACUAAACGGUUUUAUAAAAAGAACGAAACCGAAGCAUAUCCAAAAUAUUUUCAAGUUGGAACAGUAAUUGAUUCUCCAUUGGAAUAUAAAUCUGGUCGUCUCACUAAUAAAGAACGAAAACGUACAAUGGUCGAUGAACUUUUAGCAGAUGCGGAAUUUAAGCAAACAACUAAAAAACGUUACAAGAAUAUAUUAAUGGCUAAUCCUAAAAUGGCGUCUAAAAUAAGAAAAGAAAAUAGAAAAAUGAAUAAACUAAAAAAGAAAAGAAAAUAA